GAGGAGGCAGUCGCGGGGGAGGAGGUCGCCGUAGCACUGGGCCAAGGCGUAGAUUGCGACGGCGGAGGAAUUGCGCGCGCUGGAAGAUCCCCAGCCGCGAUCGGUGACGGAUUGGGAGAUGGACUCCAUGGCGGAGGUGAACAUUGGGAUGAUGACGUUGGUGGAGGUUCUGUUGCGGCCGCAGGUGACGGGGGACGCCUCCUCGAUGCGGGGAUCUGCGGCGUAGCUAAUGGAGGCGGUUUUCGUGAACACCAUCACUGCCGCUGUGAGUGCCCAUUUCAGAUAUGGGAUCUUCCAGCUCAUGGAAUGGAAUUUCAAAUUGGGCAAAUCGAAUUGAAGGGAUGUUCUUAUUGUUUUGUUCGUAUGAUGAUUUAAUAUCAAAAAGGAGAGGCGAAAGAAAAACGGGGUGCGUCCGUACUGUGUAUAACUAGGUAUUCGUUUCAUCAAGCAUGUCUACAGAAAAUGCAUCCAUUCAACUAAAUCCACACACCCCAAGCAGUGUAGUCGUUGAAAGUAAUGAGCUACAAGAACAAAGUGAUCAAGUUGAAAGAAUAGAACCAGCUGUAGCCAGCCAUGGAACUUCACAAAAUGCUGAAGAAGAGGAGUUUCAAAUAAAGAAAAGGAAAAAGACAUCUGAUGUAUGGGAUGAUUUUGAAGUUGUCAUGGUAAAAGGGGUUAACAAGGCGAUGUGUACUUUUUGUUCACGCCAUUUUGCAUUGAUUAAAUCGGGUACCACAACUAGCUACAAGAGGCACCUGAAGAAUUGCGUGCAGAGAAAAUUGAAACUCAAGGUAAGUGUUUAAAUGUUCCAUGCAAGUGUAUAUUAUUUUUUUUCUUACACAUAAAUUGAUCUUUUGUUAUUUUUCCUUUGUAAGAAUAAAAUAGCCUAGUCUUACUAAUAUAUUAUUUCCUUUGUAUAUAAGGCUGUUAUUAAGAAAACAGCCUGCAUACCCAUGGACCCAAACUUACUUAUUUUGGGAAUUAAAAUUGGAUAAAUGAAAUCAUGGAGAUGCAAUAGCAGCAGCUUGUUGUUUAGCAGACUCAUAGCUCUGGUCUUUUGGAAUGUCAAGACCCUUGAACACCAGGCUGUCAACUCCAACUCCCAACCAUUUCGGGUGUUAUUGACAUACAUAACUGACCCCGUUAUGGCUGAAGCCAACGGUGAUGCCAGAAAAGAGUGGGGAAUUAGUCAUAUUAUUAGUGAAGUCAAAGACAGUGUUGAAUAUAUUAAUCGCUCAGAGGCAAGGCGGAUUCAAUUUGCUAAUUGUGUGCACCAAUUGCAAUUGAAAGAUAGGAAGUUGAUUUAUGAUAGCAAAACUAGAUGGAACUCAACUUUUGAAAUGCUAAGUUGUGCGCUAAGGUUUAAAGACGCUUUUAGGAUGUUAAGUGAUCGUGAUUCGGGGUAUACUAGCUGUCCUCUUGAAGAGGACUGGGAAAAGGUUCAAAAAAUUAGUUCGGUGUUGGAGGUAUUUUGGACAGCGACUCAUAUAGUUUCAGGCAGUGAGUAUCCUACUUCCAAUUUGUUCUUGAAAGAAGUCCAAAAAAUCAAAUCAUUUUUGGAUGCCAAUUCAAGUCACAAGGAUUCUUUCAUUCGGGACUUAGUUUGCAAAAUGAAACUAAAGUUUGAUAAAUAUUGGGGCGAGUGCAACUUAUUAAUGGCCAUAGCUGUGGUGUUAGACCCCACAAAGAAACUGCUUGCAAUCGAGUUUUGUUUUCCUAAAAUGUUUUCGCCGGAGGAAGCUGUACAAAAUAUUUCAAAAGUGAAGCAAACUUUGACUUCUCUUUAUGAAGAGUAUGUUGCUGAUUCGGUGAACAAAGGGAAUAUUUCUUCAGUACAUUAUGAAAGAUGUGGGUCUUCAAGCAAUCUUCAGACUUCUAAAAGUUCUGCCCAUGUUUGGGAUGACGACUUUGAAUCAUUUUGUGCAGAAGUCGAGACUGUAGAGCCUAUAAGAUCUGAACUUGUAGAUUACCUAGAUAAGAGUCGCCUCAAGAAGAGUGAAAUUUCUGAAGAGUUUUCUUGUUUGGACUGGUGGCGUAUGAACCGAAUACAGUAUCCAAUACUCGCACAACUGGCUGCAGAUAUUUUAGCCAUUCCAGUUACAAGUGUGGCUUCCGAAGCCACUUUUAGUGCAGGUACAAGAGUUAUUGAUACUUAUCGUGCAUCAUUGUUACCUGAAACGGUUCAAGCUCUCCUUUGUGGAGGAGAUUGGCUUCGACAUAUGUAUGGGAUAACGAAAAAGAAAAAAGACAAGUCAUACCAAGAAAUAAUUCUUCCCGAGUCUGCAUGAUGAAAGUAGGUUACUUUCAAUCUCUAUACAUUGUUUGAUGGUUAACUUUAAAUACAUUUUUUUACACAGAGUCUGUCGUUAUAACAAUGAUGGAAAGAAAGCAAAACGGUAACAUAAGAAAAUUUGCUUCAGUCCAGGUAGCAGCUUUCUUGAUCUCAACUCAGAAGACUAAAGUUUUAAUUGAAUCCUCAUAUAGGUGGUUGAAUGCAGGCAACAACAACUGAGAAUUGCCUAUGUUCAAAUUCUUCUUCCACUACUGCCAAAUAUUAAAAAAAGCACCAUCUAAGUUAAAAUGCUUUUCAAAACUUUUUCAAAAGACUUGCUUUGUAAAAUCUGAAAAUGUAAGAUUCUUUGUUUUCUCCAUUUACGAUAAAGUUUGCAGUAUAAGUUCCCAAAAUGAGGUGAGUUGGAAAAGGAAAAACCAAAGGCUACUUGCAGGUAGCUAACAAAAUUAAAAUACAAUGUUUCUCACAGCCAUCUCUAUUUUCUUCUACUUCUACUGCUGCUUCUUCACCUCACUUCUUCUCUAAUGUGGUUAGAGAAGUUCAAUGGUAGUUUUUUUUUAAAUUUACUCUUUCAUCCUUAGUUCUAUCUCCCACCAUAUAUUAUUAUAUAUGCUGAAUUGCUGAUAUGCAUGCUUCCACUUCAGCAUCUAUUGUAUAUUGUAUAGGUAUUGUCUCUAUUUGUUUUUUCUUUUCAAAUCUAUUCUUACUUGUUGUCUUCAUAAGGUUCACCACUUUAUGUAAAAAGAAAGGUUUACUACUUUUAUUGUCUGCCUACUAAAAUUUAUACGUCUCUUCAACAUAUUUAGCCAUAUUUUACUCUUAUUAUUAUGACUUAUGAGUUAAAAACUUUCAAGGAUCGGAUGCAGGGAGUAUAUGAGUGCAAGCUUUGUUCUAUAGAAAACCUAUUUCCAUUUAAUUUAUUAUGACAUACUAUUAGCAUUCUUAAUGCUUGAUUUCUGUUAAGAUAAUAGAAGAAACAAUCAUGUUUGAUGUGUUGUUUAAAUUUUGCAGACUAGUAAGGGUAACUUUCUCUGGCAAGGGUGUUUGCUGUUAAUACAAUCUGGAUGACAAAAGACAUGGAAGUGAUGGAACUUGGAGUUGAAAAGCACUUUUGAAUGCCCAAAGCUUUUCUUUACUCAAUUUCCUUUUUGCUCAACGAACUAUAACUAGUGGUUAUUUUUUUUUUGUAUUGGAGUUUAGAACAACUGUUGUGAACUUGUGAUGUUAAACUAGUUAUGCUAUUUAAAACACAUGUUUGGAAUUUGGAUGUGUAC